GUGACUACAGCUUGGAGGAUCUGGCACCACUCUCAAGGUUGAAGCCCGGCCUUCGACCUGAUGUAUCGCAUCCACGAAAAUCUGAAAUUGAUCCUGGCUUCGAUACAGAGGUAGCAAGUCACAAGAACAUUUCAAUAUUGAUGAUCGUGCCAAAAUCAGUUAGUUUGCAUCACAAACCAACUGUGGAGAUCAUCGAUGUUGGAAAAACAAUUUUGCCAAAGGGGGUGGUACCUGCAAGCCCUUUCAUACAACUCAAACCAGAGGGAGUGACUUUUCCAAAGCCAGUGCGCUUGCUGGUGCCGGUGUGCUACGGUGCAAAUGCCGCUUGGCGGUCAACGCCUGAUGGCAGCUGGGAGGAAGUGCCAGCACAAUUUCGCGGAGGAUACAUGGAAGUCUACUUGACUCAUUUUUGCCAGCUUUGUGCCAGCAAAGUUGUAUCAGCGCUUUCCAUCAAAGCCGUCGCGUUUUUGAAGCCUGGUUCACCUCCAGAGGCCACACUUGCAUUCCUCGAAGUGAAUUGCCAACAGUGUGAAGACCAGCUGGCACAAUUGGUGCCAGGUUUGGUGAGAUGUCUAAGCGAGGAAGCGGUUGACCUUUUUUCUCCUGAGAGGGAUCUUCACAUUUUGCAACAAGGACAAGUGAUUGAAACUUUGCGCUUGGACGGCAACAGUGGAGUGCAGAUCUCAAGUUGGAUUCCAUCAAGCGCUGACAGGAUGGACAUCGAGAUGGAGGUUGUGGACACAAAAACAUGCCGCCGUCGGAUCUACACUUUUGAGUUUCCAGCCGAGGCGACGCCAGAUCCGCCACCUCCACCUCCACCGCCUCUACCUCCACUUCCUGUGCCUCCACCUGUACCCAUAAUCCAGAAUCCAGUUCCACCUCCAGUGACACAAGUGCUUCCGCCACCAUCACCUCCACCAUCACCCCCACGCUAUCCAGAACCUCCAAGGCGCCACUUGAUGCUCUCGGGGAGGUUCAAUACUCCAGAGCGGCUCGAGUACAUCAAGGACGUCAAAGAUGAGCUCGCGAGCCGAGGUAUCGAGACUUUCAUGGUGGAAGAACCCGCUGGCGGAAGGUUCGGCCAGGCAACGAUGGAAGGGGUGGUGAAGAUGAAGGUGAUGGUGGCUUUUUGUGUGGACGAUUAUGGAGCAAAGACCGGAGCAAUGUAUGAAACAUAUUGGGAACUUUUGUAUGCGUGGGAAAACCAAGUGCCAAUCAUUCCAGUGAAACUUUAUGAGGGGGAUUGGCCCCCGAUGCCUCCUGAUGAAGCAGGCCGAAUUCAAAACAAAUAUGUUUUCUCGAAAAGCCUCAUCUACAUUGAUGGCCAUGAGAAGACAAGACAAGAAGUCGCCGAGCAAAUAGCCAAAGCAUUGGAACGCCUGAGAAUAUGA